ACGUGUAACCCAAAACGUGCUACUCUGCAGUCGGCCGUAGACUCGCCCGCGAAAUCAUCAUUGAAUUUUGCAGGCGCUCCGCUGGAACAGGAGCCAGCCAGCGAGCCUUUCCCCUACUACUGUGACGUAAGAGUGGAACCCCGUAAAAUGGGCGAAGUGCGGACGGUCUUCAGUUUUUCUUAAGUUUUAGCGGAUUAUUCGUCGUCUGAAGGGGAUGUGAGAUGCCGGUAUCAUCGUCAUACUCUCGGGGCGACGUGACGGUGCUACCCUCGAGCGGAACCUCGCGAAUAAUGCCCGUGCCAUCAUCUUCAGGAUCCACUCGAAGAUCAUUUUCCUCGACCUCUGGCGUUUCCUCAACUGGAUCCUACAGCUACCGGACAAUAGAAAGACCCUCUUACCUGAACUCAGUGAAUGCUACUGGAUCGUACCUCACCAACAGACCGACCAGAAUCUCGACAAGUCUAAACGAUUACAAGCCCUCGGAAUACAAGAGCUCCAUCUACAACUCAUCAUCUACAUCAUCCAGUUCGUACUCAACCCCUAGCAGUGGCUACAGAAGUCGCCUCUCUGGCAUGUCCUCGACCACCAGCAGCGCUUCUUCAGCGAACAGCUACUCUUCCUCCAGCUACUCUCGGACCUCCUCCACUACUACUGACACUGACAAUAGGGAACGUGAAAAUGGUACCACUUCAUCCUGGAGGUCACGGGUUUACAAUGAUCCAACCCUGAAUUCCACUUUACCAUCAAGCAAGCGACUGGACGGAGGCCAGCAGACAACGACUAGUUCUGCAUCUACUUCCUCUCCCUCCUCAAAUGCUGGCAGGCUCCAGCGACCAACUCUUCAAGAAUCCAUUGAUGCUGUUACGGCAAAGUUGUCUGCAGUUAAAGACACCAGUUCUGGGGCAACAAGUAAAUACAAAAGCUCAUAUUUGAAUGAUGUCUCUGUGGCCAGGCCUACAACGCUGAGAUCUCGAACCACACAGGAUCCUGACCUCGAAGACAAAGAUGAGGCUCGUCGGCCCUCAGUCUUAGAGAUGAGACGAUUAUUUGACCCUUUAUUGACCUCGUCUGACUCUAAUCGGGGCUCGAAGGAGGCUGUGACCAGUUCUGUGACCACCUCUGCCGCGGCAAGCAGUUCCUCGAACAACACCGAUCAGCAGAAACCAGUGCCAUCUAAGCAGGACUCAGACGAUGAAAGUUCUGAGAGUGAGGAGAGCGAAGAGUCGGAAGAAUCGAGUACCGAAGAAGUGGCCACCGCAGACACGAAGAAUCAAUCGUCCAGGAGGUCGAGGGCCAACACAAGCACCGGUCUCCCUGCUGGCAGUGAAGAUGGCGCAGCAGCUGAGCAGAAUGAUGAGGGAUCAAGCUCUGGCCUGGAAGGAUCUCCCAGACUAGGACGAGGCAAAAAUGAACGAGGGGGACUCGUCGGUCUGCGAAAUAUUGGAAACACAUGCUUCAUGAACUCUGUGCUGCAAUGCUUAAGCAAUACCAGGCCCCUUUUGGAGUACAUUCUAGCAGAGGGUUACCUCUCGGAAAUCAACACAACCACGUCAGCAAUGAAGGGUGCACUCAUAAAAGCAUUUGGCUCUUUGCUGCAAGAACUUUGGAAGGGUGACAGUGACGAGCGCGUGGUCAACACGAGCGCCUUCAAGAGCCAAGUGCAGCGUUUUGCGCCGCGCUUCAUGGGCUACGCGCAGCAGGACGCUCAGGAAUUUCUGCGCUACCUGCUCGAGGGUCUGCACGAGGAUGUCAAUCGCGUGACCACCCGCCCCAAACCCAUCCUGACCGAGAUUGAUGACUCCCUGAGCGACUCGCAGAAGGCCAUGGAGGCGUGGAAGCGCUACCUGCGCAGGGAUGACAGCAAGAUUGUCGACAUCUUCGUCGGCCAGCUCAAGUCGACGCUACGGUGCACCGUGUGUGGCCACUGCUCCGUCACGUUCGAUCCUUUCUGGGACCUGUCGCUGCCCAUCCCUUCCAGUGAGAGACACGGACAGGUUCGACUUUCCCAGUGCUUCGACCUCUUCACCAAGGAGGAAGUCCUCGAUGGAGAUGAGAAACCUACUUGCUCCCGGUGCCAGACCAGACAGAAAUGCACCAAGAGUUUUUCGAUUCACAAGUUCCCUAGAAUUCUCGUUCUGCACCUGAAGAGGUUCUCGCCCAUGGAGAGGUUCCGAGGCAAACUGAGCUGCACAGUUGACUUCCCCCUGCAGAGUUUGGACCUGAGCGCCUAUGCCUCUGCUAGCAAGGGCAACAGUCUCGGCCAGACUACCGCAUACAACCUUUACGGAGUGGCCAACCACUCUGGCACCACCUACUCCGGCCACUAUGUGGCAGCUUGCAAGCAUCCCUACUCUGGUGCUUGGCACGAAUACAAUGACUCAAGGGUGUCAAGCACCUCAGCACGCAGUGUAGUCAGUUCUGAGGCCUAUGUCCUAUUCUACGAGCUGGCCUCGUCGAACACAAACAGCACGUCAUCGCACCUCUGACCGUAGCAUCAAGCAAAAGGCCACCUUGUCCCCCCGACGCCCCCGCCGACCCCUCGUCAAAAGCAGCCCCAGCAGCAGCAACAGCAGCAGUUAUCCGCGGUCACCCUGAAUCACCACCUAAGACAGUAUUUGAGGCGACUCGGCUCAGAGUCCACCUGCAUUUCGUCGUGAAACCAGUUUGAAAAAAAGAGUCUGUGCAGCUCUGCUCUGGCGGGACUGAACACAGUUUGAGUAUUUGAAAGUUAUUAUCAUUAUUAGCAAAACAAUUUCAAAAGAAAAAAAAAUGUUAUUGAAGCCGCUUUCAUGAUUUUCAUUCGAAGUUGAGCAGACUAGCUUUGAAUGUGUAGUCGCAAAACCACGAACACAACUACAGAGAAAGAUGCACACAGAAACACACACCUUGACACUCACCUUCACUCGAAACUGCUCCUCUGAACAAGGAAGACCAUCUUGGAAAGUGACUGUUUUGCAGCUAGUGCCACUCACUUUGGUGAACAAAACACCGUUUCAUUUUUGAGGAACACUUUGGGUGUAAAUUGGCUUACAUUUUGAGAGCCAAAGAUUUCAUAUUGAAACAUAAGCUUUUGCUUAGACCGGAAUGGCCACUGAAAUUCAAAGCUCUCGUGCAAGGAUCCAAAGUUUCCUCAAGGGUGAAAUGGUUUUCCUGUUGGAAACUAAGUUGCUAGGACUUCCAGCUGGUCCUAUUUAAUUAUUUAUUUUUGCUAUAGUCUUACUAUGGGUGAAAUGCGAAGUGGUUGAAUUAACAUGUGAAUGUAUUGAGAGAAUUACGCCUGAUGGUUUAUACUCCGCUUUUGGUUGAGAUGAGGCAAAGCCAAAUGAAGCCAAAUUGCCAUUGUGCAAGGAAUUUGUUGAUUUGGAGUAUUUUGCUACCGUGUAGCAGAAUCAACGAAGCUCCCUUUUUGGUCUUGUCACUGCUUACAAGCUUGAUCAAAAUUGCCGAGAUGCAUGCAAAAUCUUGACUUUGUAAUUCGGCCACCUUUUUCUGCUGAAGCGCGUGAUUAUUUUCAAGCGUGAAUGGAACCGAGAAAAAUUUGCUGUUUAUUUUCGUGUCACUCAACAACUUUUCUAUGGUGAUUUAAAUGUGGAACAGCAGUUUUUGAUACUUAAAAAAAAAGUAAUAAAUGCUGACAGUAAACGGCUAAACAGUUAAGAUGUAAUUUUACUAUGGAAAUACAACUACAACAACAUAAAAAUAUGUCAAAUUUGUAUUGGUCUAAAUCAAGUGAAUACUGAUAAUGAUAAUAAUUGUAAACAAGAAGAAAAUCCAAUCUGCUUAUUUUUUAUGAAAAAAAGAAGGAAGGGCAAGGGAAAUGCUAUAAAUCAUGUAUUUACAAACACCGGAAAGAGAAGAAAAUGCUAGUCACUGAAACAAAUUUCUGUAACUUUCAAUUAAGCUGCAUAAGUUUAUCCACAAAACUGGAAGAUGAAAAUGUGCUUUCACCAUUUUUGCUUCAUGAUAAUUGUAAUUUUAGCACCAAGUCAUACUUUUUCUCUCACUCUCAAUCGCCUUGUUUAUUUAUCUAAAUGUGCUCAUCCUGAAUGACAUCGACAGAGAAAUUUGAUGAUUUUCAGUCGAAUUCACCCCAUUGUUUCCCCCACACGCCUACUUGUAAUCAUUUGCACUCUGCGUCGAAUCAUGCUCUUAAAAUGAUAAUUUUAUUUUUGUCACUCAAAACUAAUGAUUGUGUACUCGAGACGAAGGAGCGUCUUGGCUGGACAUUAUUUAUUUUUCAACUUACUUCCUCUCUCGUCUACUCCCUUGUGCCCACCCUAUUUCUGUCCACAUUCGUGCUGUUAAGUAAUUAUUAAUCAUUAAUUAAUGUGAUUUAUUAUUAAUGAGUAAUGAAAGAAAAUCAGUUUAAUGAUACGUCUCCCAUUGUAAAAUAAAAAGCGAGUGUGUAAAAAAAUGUAAGAAGAAAAACUAUAAUGUAAAUGAGGGGAGUUCAUUUUUGAGAUAAAAAUAUAAGUUCAGUACAUCAUGAAA